UAAAUAGGAGUGAAACAUCUGGCUUAGAGCUGUCUAUUGUCUGUCACGCAGAACGAAAGCGCGCGGUAUCAUCGCUUUCUGACAUGCGCGAUUCAUUUGCGCAUCACAUCCAAUAUCAGUAGCAAAUCUUCGCAGCGACGUGCAACGACGUUUAUCGCCGAUAUUUUAGAAAAAAUAAAGCUUUAAGAGACCCAACCGUCUUCAGCUGUUGUGAAGAUCAAAUGGAUAUAAAAGAAGAAGACUGUGCCCUCAAUCAUCAGUCUGGGACGUAUUUCACCGGCCAACCGAGCCUAAAGAUUAGAGAGUCUCCUUUCACCUGCAAACAGCAUGGAGAGAUUUUCAAAACGAACCAAAGCCUUAAAUGUCACACAGUGAUUCACACCGGAGAACAAACUUUUAUUUGUGCAGAGUGUGGAAAGAGUUUCACACUAAAGCGGUAUCUUAAAAAUCACAUGAAGAUUCACACUGGAGCUCAUCCUUUCACUUGUCCAGAGUGUGAUAAGUGUUUUACAGUGAAACAAAGCCUUGAAAGUCACUUGAAAAUUCACACUGGGGAAAAGCCAUUCAUCUGCCCUUACUGCGGAAAGAAUUUCAGAAUGAAACAUAGUCUGGACGGUCACGUAAGGAUUCACACUGGAGAGAAACCUUACACAUGCCAAGAGUGUGGAAAGAGAUUCACAGAGAAACAAAACCUUGAAAAGCACUUGACAAUUCACACUGGAGAAAAGCCUUACUCCUGCCCUGAGUGUGGAAAGAGUUUCAGGGUGAAAAAAUGCCUUGAAAAUCACAUCAAAAUACACACCGGCGAGAAACCUUACGGAUGCCAAGAGUGUGGAAGGAGUUUCACAGAGAAACAAAACCUAGAACGGCACAUGAAAAUUCACACUGGAGAAAAGCCUUACUCCUGCCCUGAGUGUGGACGAAGUUUCAGAGUGAAACAAGAUCUUAAAAUUCAUGUGAGAAUUCACACUGGAGAAAAACCUUUCUCCUGCCAACAGUGUGGAAAAAGUUUCUCGGAGAACAAGAAACUUGAAAGUCACAUGAGAAUUCACACAGGAGAAAAGCCUUUCGUCUGCUCUCAUUGCGGAAAGAAUUUCAGAGGGAAACAAAACCUUGAAAGCCACAUGAGACUUCACACCGGAAACAAGCCUUACACCUGCCCUCAGUGUGGAAAGAGUUAUAACCAACAAAAAAGCCUUGAGAUUCACAUUAGGACUCACACCGGAGAGAAACCUUUCGCUUGCCAUCAGUGUGGAAAGAGUUUUACACAACAAAGUACCCUUAAGGGACACAUUAGGAUUCACACCGGAGAGAAACCUUUCACUUGCCCUCAGUGUGGAAAGAGUUUUAUUGAGAAAACAAAACUGGAGAGGCACAAGAAAAUUCACUCUGGAGAAAAGCCUUACACUUGCCAUCACUGUAAAAAGAGUUUUACGUUAAAGCAAAGCCUUGACAUUCACAUGAGAAUUCACACUGGAGAAAAGCUUUACACCUGCCAACAGUGUGGAAAGAGUUUUACAGAGAAGCACAAACUUGAAAGGCACAUGACAGUUCAUACUGGAGAGAAGCCUUACACGUGCCAACAGUGUGGAAAGAGUUUCAGAGAGAAACAGUGUCUCGAUGUUCACACCAGAAUUCACACUGGACAAAACCCUUUCACUUGCUCUCAGUGUGGAAAGACUUUCAGAGUGAAACAGAAGCUCAUAUCCCACAUGAGAGUUCACACUGAAGAGAAGCCUGCACUUGGCAUAGAAAUAGUUUUGUCAUUGCUUUCUGACAUGAUUCAUUUGCGCAUCAUAUCCAAUCUCAAUAACAAUUAUCGCGGCGACGUGCAACGAUGUUUAUUGCCCAUAUUUCAGAAAACUAAAGCUUUAAGAGACCCAACCGUCUUAAGCUGUUGUGAAGAUCAAAUGGAUAUAAAAGAAGAAGACUGUGUCUCUCUGUCUGGGACGUAUUUGACCGAACAACCGAGCCUAAAGAUUCAAACUGGAGAGAUGGCUUUCACCUGCAAACUGUGUGGAGAGAUUUUUACAACGAAUCAAAGCCUUGAAUGUCACACAGUGAUUCACACUGAAGAACAACAUUUUUUUUGUGCAGAGUGUGGAAAGAGUUUUACACUAAAGCGAUAUCUUAAAAAUCACAUGAAGAUUCACACCGGAGCUCAUUUUUUCACUUGUCCAGAGUGUGAUAAGUGUUUCACGAUGAAACAAAGCCUUGAAAUUCACUUGAAAAUUCACACUGGGGAAAAGCCAUUCAUCUGCCCUGACUGCGGAAAAAAGUUCAGAAUAAAGCAAAGCCUGGAGGGCCACAUGAGGAUUCACACUGGAGAGAAACCUUACGGAUGCCAAGAGUGUGGGAAGAAUUUCAGAGAAAAACAAAUCCUUGACAAGCACUUGACCAUUCACACUGGAGAAAAGCCUUACUCCUGCCCUGAGUGUGGAAAGAGUUUCAGGGUGAAAAAGUGCCUUGAAAAUCACAUCAAAACUCACACUGGAGAGAAACCUUACACGUGCCAAGAGUGUGGAAAGAGUUUCACAAUAAAACAAAACCUAGAAAGGCACAUGAGAAUUCACACUGGAGAAAAGCCUUACUCCUGCCCUGAGUGUGGAAGAAGUUUCAGAGUGAAACAAGAUCUUAAAAUCCAUGUGAGAAUUCACAUUGGAGAAAAACCUUUCUCCUGCCAACAGUGUGGAAAAAGUUUCUCCGAGAACAAAAAACUUGAAAGUCACAUGAGAAUUCACACAGGAGAAAAACCUUUCGUCUGCUCUCAUUGCAGAAAGAAUUUUAGAGGGAAACAAAACCUUGAAAGCCACAUGAGACUUCACACCGGAAACAAGCCUUACACCUGUUCCCAGUGUGGAAAGAGUUAUAACCAACAAAAAAGCCUUGAGAUUCACAUUAGGACUCACACCGGAGAGAAACCUUUCACUUGCCAUCAGUGUGGAAAGAGUUUCACACAUCAAAGUAACCUUAAGGGUCAUAUUAGGAUUCACACCGGAGAGAAACCUUUUACUUGCCCUCAGUGCGGGAAGAGUUUUAUAGAGAAAACAAAACUGGAGAGGCACAAGAAAAUUCACUCUGGAGAAAGGCCUUAUGCUUGCCAUCACUGUAAAAAGAGUUUUACUUUAAAGCAAAACCUUGACAUUCACAUGAAAGUUCAUACUGGAGAGAAGCUGUACACGUGCCAACAGUGUGGAAAGAGUUUCAGAGAGAAACAGUGCCUCGAUGUUCACACCAGAAUUCACACUGAACAAAACCCUUUCCCUUGCUCUCACUGUGGAAAGAGUUUCAGAGUGAAACAGAAGCUCAUAUCCCACAUGAGAGUUCACACUGAAGAGAAGCCUGCACUUGGCAUAGAAGUAGUUUUAGAAUGAAACAAGGUCUUGAAAAUGUUACUUGAAAACACACUGGGGACAUGAAAUAAAAUCUGAUACUUCACAUACCUUGUGCUCAAUGUGGGAUAUGAAUAUAAUUUGCAUUUAUUAAAAUAAUGCAACACUGUUCAAUUCAGAGUUGUUAGUGUAUGCGCACAGUAGAACUACUUUGUCAAGUACCACAAUAUAGUUACAUCAACAAAUGCCAGUGAAAACUGUACUGUGCCAAAAGGAAGCCCUAUGUUAACAGUGUCCAGAAAUGUUGUCAACUUCUCUGGGCUCGGAGGCAUCUGGGAUGGACCAUCACACAGUGGAAACGUGUUCUGUGGUCAGAUGAAUCAGUAUUUCAGGUGUUUUUAGGAGAAAUGGACACCGUGUGCUCCGAAAGAAAAGGAGUAUCCAGACCAUUACUAGUCCAAAGGCCAGGGUCUUGCAUGGUCAAGUGCCCUUGGCAAAGGUAACUUGCACUUCUUUAAUGGCACCAUUAAUGCUGAAAAGUAUAUAGAGGUAUUGGAGCACAAUAUGCUGCCUUCUUUUCCAGGGAUGCCCAGGCAUAUUUCAACAAGACUAUGCAAAACCACAUUCUGCACACAUUACAAAAUACUGGCUGUGGAGGAAGAGGAUACAGGUACUUGACUUGCCUGUCUGCAGUCCCGACCUGUCUCCAAUAGAAAAUGUGUGGUGCAUUUGGAACCUCAAAAUAUGACGACAACACAGACACUGUACUGUUGGCCACCUCAAGACUUGUUUGCAGUCAUCAAAGUCAUCACCUGGUGUCUUUAGUCCCUAAACGUCUUUUUAAGUGUUGUGCAAAGGAAUGGCAACAUUAGAAAGGGGUAAAUGCUUUACUGUUCCAACUUUUUUUUUUUAAAUGUGUAAAAACCAAAAUUGGCAUGUGUUUAUAUUGGGUAAAAACAAUGAAAUCUUGAGGAACACAUUAAAUAAUGUUUGUUGUGUUGUCUGCAAUGGAAUACAAGUCAACGUGAAUUUAGACAUCACUACUUUUUUUUUUUUUUUUUUGCUUUCUAUACUGUCCUAACUUUUUCUGAUUUGGGGUUUAAAGGGGACCUAUUAUGUAAAAAUCAGUUUAAACACUUGUGGCAACAGUCACUAGAAUGGCACCAUCAGGAUCAAAGACUAAAAGGGGUCGCUUCAAAUAGUUAUAAAACAUUAUUUGUGAGGUAUUUUGAACUGAAACGUCACACACACACGCUAGGGACAUCAGAGACUCAUUUUACAUCUUGUAGAAAUGGGCAUAACAGGUUCCCUUUAAAGCCUGAAGAAGCAGCAUGGACAUUGUCCACACUGACACAGUUAGAAGGCUU